AUGGCGUCGCACAUUACGUAUGAUGGGGUUACAGGCGCGGCGGCGGGUGGCAACAUCUUCAGGAAUAUCAAGUUCUGGGUUUCCAGAAGAGUUCCCCAAAGAGACAGCAUUCUCGACAAGAUUCAGAGCAACUCGGGCGUUGUCGUCGCUCGGGAAAAAGAUGCAGACAUGCUCAUUGCAGACCACGCACGAAAAGAUGCACCACUGGGCUCAUAUUCGUGGAAGUACAUCACAGAGUCUGUAAACGCCGGCAUUAUACAGGUCGAAGACAAAUAUCUCAUAGGCCCUCCACCCAACCAGCACCGAUCAGUGCUCACGGGCGCACAUGUCAAAACAACUCGGACGAAGUUCACCGAACAAGACGACGCCAUUGUUGCCAAGUGGAUUCUCAAGAAUGGGAUCAAUACGGCUGGGAAUAAAAUGUACAUGGAGCUAGAAGACGCAUAUCCCCAUCAUCCUUGGCAGUCAUGGAGGAACCGGUGGGUAAAGGUCUUGUCAGCAAGGUCCAAUGCAGAGAUAGAUCGCCUGGCAAGAUUGGCCAACGUGGAUGUGGAUAAUGCCCCAGUAACCGCGAGGCAUAUCAUCAGGAAACACCAGAGAGAGGACUGGCCACAGGCACCUCAGAACAACGCUGUCCCUAACGCCAACCGAAAUCCUCAAAAUCACAACGUACCGGCGCCUAGGAUACCUAGAAGUGAACAACCUCGACCUCGAGAUGUGGCAUCCUCUGAUCGCAAUAGGAGAAAUGUCACAGAUGACGCACCCUCCAGGCAGAAUAGUGAGCGGAAUGAAGAAGAGGACACGGCUAUCCAUAACGAUACGGCUGGUGGAGCUAGGUCAGCUACUGUCAGAGAGGCUGAGAGGGAAUCAAAACAGGAAAAUAAGCAAAAGGAAAGUGCUAGAAUGGAACCAGAAGGCGAAUUAAGAGAGGAAGAGGAAAGAAAUGCGGAACAAGACACUGAAAAUGACGACAGCCAAGCUCUAUCUUCCUUCUCGGAGAGAGAGCAGUUCCUCAACGAUCUCCAAGACUACUGCGAGGCAAAUGGCAAGGCACUUGACACGCGGUGUGUUAUUGGGAAAAAAGAAGUAGACCUGUGGGAAUUGUUUCGCGCAGUUAGCGCGCAAGAACUACCCCCAGAUGAACUGGACUGGCGGCAAGUGGCAGAGAACGUGGGACUCGGGCUGGUGCGAAACGGCGAGGCCGUCGCUGCUUUACUGAGAUCGAGCUACAAUUGUCAUCUCGCAGACUUCGUAGAGGCCAUGAUGAGCUUUGAAGAGAACGAGGAGGAUCCUGAUGAGGAGAUUGCUGAAGGCGAGGAAACGCUCAUAGGAGAGGGAGAAACUGAGGCGGAAUCCAGAACACCACGGGCCUCACAGAAAAACGGCGCAGCAUCUCCAUUAUCAAACGACACCGGCGGUAUCGAACUGAGGAAGAGGUUACCAGAUGGGCAGCUUUCGACACCAACCAAACUAGCCAAGCGAAGGCGAACAGUGCAUGCCGAGAUUCCAGUGACUCCCGAAGACAAGCUGAAGACCGGUAGGCCACCGUCCGCACCAGUAUCAGCACCAGGUAAUCUACAAAGCACGGCAGACCAAGAGCAAGAAUUGCCAGAGGUGGUGGAGGACUCGCAGCAAAGGACACCACGGCAUAAUCAACAACACCAGCGAUCGCCUGAUGAGCCAGAUAUGACUCCCUCCCAACAGCUACGAAGCGAAUCUGAUUCGAUUGCGAGCCCCGAACAGGGUGAAUCAAGGACCCCCACUCUCUAUUAUAGUCCGACAGCAUCUUUUCCCCAUCGGAAUAGUCAACUUGAAACAAUACAAGAGGAAGACUCAACCACAUCUACGCCGACAAAGUCGAGACCUAAGAGGCGCGAGCUCCCGGCGUCUUUUCAAGUGCCUCGAGAACCUCGGCUCAUGCAGCUUGAGGAGAGGCGAGAAAAGAGGCGGCAGCUGGAACAAGAACGACGACUACGGCAACAGCAGCGGCAGCAGCAACGAUUGGAAGAGCAUCGGCAGCAAGAACUACGCCAGGAAGAAAGGCGGCGCGAGGAAGAGCAACAACAGCAACAGCAGCAGCAAGAAGAGCAGCAAGGUGAUGAAGCACAGGAACAGGAACUGCAGCGGCAGCGAUGGCACCAAGACGCAGCCGACUCGAGCGACACCGACCCAGAAGUCGUCCAGCAGAGCCAGGAACAGUUCAUCUCCUGGAAGCAACACUACCGCGACCAGGGCUUCUCCGAGGACAUCAUCAUCGAAGCCAUGCGCCGCACCACAAUGACCCCCGGCGAAGCCAUGGAGGCCGUCCUCGCCAGCCUCAGGGACGGCCAGGGCAUCCCGCCCAACCACGAGGGCAUCUGGACGGACCGCGACGACGCCCAGCUGAAAUACGUCGUCCGCGUCGGCGACCUGCGGCGCGCCCCCGACGACGACGGCGAUGCGCGGCGGCGCAAGGAGAAGGCCCGCGAGAUGCUCGACCGGCUCCUGUUCAAGCACGACGAGCCCAGGGUCAAGCUGCGUAGGAAGUUUCAUCGGGCGGUGGCCUUGGCGGAGAGGGACAGGCGGCGGAGGGACAGGCUGUCGAGGGAAGGGAAUGGUCAAUGA